AUGGUCCGCUCCUCAGCAGCCUCCAAGACCUCCCCCUGAACAAAGUGCUUUGUAUGCAAAUUACGGUUAUGGUGGUCAAGGCAUGCAUUGGCAGCAGAGACAUCAUCCUCAACAACAGUAUCAACCGCCGCCGCCUGUGAUCCAACCGCCGCCACCUCCACCUCAACAGCAGUACAAUCCGUAUCAACCCUCCGUUGGCUAUCAGCAACCGUAUGUUCCUCAGCCCCAACAGUCAAUCGUAGCCCAGCCGCAGCCAGCGUAUCCGCAUGUGACACAAACGAUGGCACCUCCGCAACCGUAUUUUCCUCAACAGCAGCCCCAACCCCAACAGCAGCCCCGACAUAACCAUGGUCUUCAUCACACCCCACCUCAACAUCUUCCCCCUGCCAAACGCCAACGGUUUGAUGGCCCGAAUCAACAUCACGGUCAGAACCGACAACUUGGACCGCCCCCUCCUCAACCUCAGUUUCAACCCCCUCCUGCACCGCCGGGGAGUGUCGGAAUCUAUCCCCAAAACCAAGGUCAGGGUCAAGGGCAACCUGGCGCCAAUCAGAUGCCCCUAGGUGGAAACAGAGGUGGAAUGGGCGGAAGAGGAGGCAAUAUGAACUCUGGCAGAGGCAGAGGUGCAGUCAUGGGUGGAAACCGGGGAGGAUUGACCGGACAACGUGGCGGCAGAGGCGGCAGCAUAUUCGUGAACAAUGGCAGCGGACGAGGUGGCGCCGCUGCUCAACAAAAUCCUCUGCGUGGACACGGAUCGAGAGGAGGCUUUAACAAGGACUUUCACAAUCGCAGAGGUGGGUCGUUCAACGCCGGACAUCAGCAUCACCAAAACAAUGCUGCGUUCCGUGGACGAGGUCAAGGACAUACUUCAGGUCGUGCAGGCCGCCAGGAUGGCAGUACAAAUUUUGGAAACCGUGAUGCAUCGCAAUUUGCAAGCAGCGGUAAGAAGGACGAAAAUCGGCGCACGCUCACUGACUUUAAAAUUGUGGGCCUCGAGAUGCCUGAACUUGGAUGGACGUGGGGAGUGCUACCAUCUCCUAUCAAAGCUGAAGAAAAAGAGGUUGCUGCUUCUCUUUUGGAAUCCUCACAAGAGCAAGUUAAGGAUGAAGACAUGCAUACUGGUGCCCCAAAAUCAGAACCCGCACCAACAGCAGACGUGGCAGAUACGAAGCCGGAUGCUUCUUACCAGGAGCAGUCGUCCUCGUUGACGUCGCCUCCACCCUCUCGCAUCCGCAUUUAUUUUCACACUCCUGUUUCUCCCGAUGACUCGCAUCCCAUUCCGCAUAAUGCUUCGUAUACUGCACCUCCAGACACGCGCAAAGGCAAGCGCAAGAAGCUUGAGGAUGAUGAUGGCGAUGCAGAGGAAGGUCGAGAAAGACCGCCGCCUCCUCGCAGCAGCCAGAUGGACGAUAAUAUCAGUGUUGACUUGGAUGGGGUGGGUCGUGGAAGCGCAGCGCCCAGCGUGGCAGAAACUGCUAGUGAAGGUGAUUGGCUCAUGGCCGCUAUCGCUGAGGAUGAAGGCGACGUAGGCGCCGAUGUCGAUGUCGAUGUCGAUGUCGAUGCGGCUACUACUGUUGAUGAUAUGGAUGAAGAGGAGAGCCAUGCUGCAAGUGUUCCCCAUUUCGUUCCUGCUACGAAUACUUUCAUCAAUGGGAAUGGCUCCCAUAGUACUGACAUGGACGGAAUUGCCUCUUCAGGAGGUGUUCAUGAGCAGCCUGAUGGCUCACAUGCUGGGGACAAUCAUGAUGCUGUCCCGAAUGCUGAAGGAAUCAAGCCGUCAGCGUCCUCAGAUGUCGCUGCUGUUGACCUUGGUGUAAACCAUGGUAGUGCUGUCGCUACACAGCCGAACGUGGACAUUUUGGUUUCUGCACCUGAAGAGGGUGGUGAUGGUUCGCCAGCCACCCAGCCUGUUGAUGAUGAAAAUGUUGAUAAGCUCUUUGAUGCAUCAGCUGCUCUAGCUGAUUCUUCUCAUGCUAUUUAUUUGAGCUCUUCCUUUGACACAAGUUCUUCUACUGGUCAUGGCUCUCCUCCUGUUGUUCAGUCUGAUAUGCCUCAUAGCGAGAAACAGUCUGCUGAUCAUGCUGGGUACCUUGAUACGCAGGUAUCCGACACUCAGGCUUCCGGCGCGAAGCCCCUUCAAACAGAGGCGUCACUCGCGUCAACAAUUCUCGACGAGGAUGUGGGUGCAGAAGAGCUAGUUGUCUUGGAGCUUACCGGCGAAAUUCCGGUCGAGCACGAAGAAGUUACUAUGCAUGCCAAAGGUGCCAACGAAUCUGCGGAUCAAGAGCACCUUCCUGAGCCCCCUGCCUCUCCUACUUCGAAUACAUUGUUGUCCACCUCUUCCGGUUCAACAUAUGGCGAGCCAUCGCACCCUCCAGCGAGUACGGCAGUCUCGAAAGGUGGCCCAGUGCCAUCUGCAAACCGCUUGUCAAUAUCGUAUGCUGCCGGCAGUAGGCGUUUGGUCGUGGACGCAGAAGUGGUCGAACACUUGAAGGUUUACCGAUCUGAGGGUCGAAUCGAAGUCCACAUAUCCCUCGAUAAAGGUAGCGACGAUGGCCUCAAGGGCGUUUUGAUCGAGGGACUUUCUGAUGCGACAAAAUCAUAUUCUCCUUUACCAACGCUAUCUGAAGCGUCCAGCACUGAUGAGACUCUACCCUCCUUCUCAAAGACUACACUACCUUCAAAGAUCACUUUAAUGGUCCAUCUUGAUACUGAGCGUCCAUUGUCGGAACCUAAGUGGGUUAAGUCGGGCGAUGUCCAGGAGUGGCUGAAGAGCAUGUUUGGAAGAAUGUUCUGGGUAGCAGGGGAUGCUGCUGAUGGGUGGGAAAAAAAAAUCGCAGUUGUAGAUCCUGACCCAGCUCCGACGAUCUGGACAGUGCUGGAUGGGUGGGCAGCCAACUCCCCUGUCGGUGUUCCCACAGAACGACAGCGCUUCGUGAAGACGCAUUUAACUGAGGUAGAUAACAUGAUGGAGAUUCUUCUCAGACUGGUCAGAGGCGAGCGAGCCACCCCCUUUUCCCAAUCUACGCCUGCGAUAUCAGCCCCGAGCGUGUCGGGGCCACUUUUGGCCGCUCUCUCACAGUCCUCGUCGCACGGUGCCCAGCAGACGCACGUAUCGUUAGCGGUACUAGCGUUAUUCCACUUGUCAGUGGACUUUGCGCGGAAGGCUUCUGGUGAUAAGGGAAAGGCAGAAGCAGAGGAGAAGAUGAGUGAGAUAAUUCGAUGUCUGCCGUCCCACCUAUUAUACAAGAGUCUUGACGGAAUGUUCAAGGAAUGGAGAGCGGACAAGAAGGGAAGUCGUUGAUAGUGAAUAGAUAUAACCCUUUGCGCUUUCUUCAUUUUGUUACUUACAUAGGUCUAGGUACAUUUAUAUUUUGUCACGACUCAGCCGUGUGA